AUGGCGGAAGGCAGCGGAAUCGACCGUAAGGCCGAGGAGAGGAUGGAGUUUUCCACCUCCAAGGAGGUUACGGUCCACCCAACCUUCGAGUCCAUGUCGCUCAAGGAGAACCUCCUGCGUGGGAUCUACGCCUACGGCUAUGAAUCCCCCUCGGCCGUCCAGUCCCGCGCUAUCGUCCAGGUCUGCAAGGGCCGUGACACCAUCGCCCAGGCCCAGUCCGGAACGGGUAAGACGGCGACCUUCUCCAUCAGCAUGCUCCAGGUUAUCGACACGGCGGUGCGCGAGACCCAGGCCCUCGUCCUCUCUCCGACCCGCGAGCUUGCGACCCAGAUUCAGUCCGUCGUCAUGGCCCUCGGCGACUACAUGAACGUCCAGUGCCACGCCUGCAUCGGCGGCACCAACGUCGGCGAGGACAUCCGCAAGCUCGACUACGGCCAGCACAUCGUGUCCGGCACCCCUGGACGCGUCGCUGACAUGAUCCGCCGCCGUCACCUGCGCACUCGCCACAUCAAGAUGCUCGUUCUCGACGAGGCCGACGAGCUCCUCAACCGUGGUUUCCGCGAGCAGAUUUACGACGUCUACCGGUACCUGCCGCCCGCGACCCAGGUCGUCGUCGUCAGCGCCACCCUGCCGUACGAUGUUCUCGAUAUGACGACCAAGUUUAUGACCGACCCCGUGCGAAUCCUCGUCAAGCGUGACGAGCUGACGCUCGAGGGACUCAAGCAGUACUUCAUUGCUGUCGAGAAGGAGGACUGGAAGUUCGAUACCCUGUGCGACCUCUACGACACCUUGACCAUCACACAGGCCGUUAUUUUCUGCAACACCCGGAGGAAGGUCGACUGGUUGACGGACAAGAUGCGUGAGGCCAACUUCACCGUCAGCAGCAUGCACGGCGACAUGCCACAGAAGGAGCGCGACAGCAUUAUGCAGGACUUCCGCCAGGGCAACAGCCGUGUGCUCAUCUCGACCGAUGUUUGGGCGCGUGGUAUCGAUGUGCAGCAGGUCAGUUUGGUCAUCAACUACGACUUGCCAAGCAACCGUGAGAACUACAUCCACCGCAUCGGACGAAGCGGUCGCUUUGGACGCAAGGGUGUCGCUAUCAACUUCGUUACUAGCGAGGAUGUGCGCAUUCUGCGCGACAUUGAGUUGUACUACUCUACCCAGAUCGACGAGAUGCCCAUGAACGUCGCCGACCUCAUCUCUUAA